CCGAACACUGCCGAAGUUCUCCGAGCGAGUCGAGGAUAACCGAACAAGGCCGAAGUUAGGCGAGUUACAGUGAGCAAACGACGCGUACCGAAGAACGCGGGGUCUUCUCCGGCUUGGAUUGAAACAGCGUUCGCGUCUACGGGCGCGGUUUUGCGUCUCGAGCUGGCGUUGUAUACGAUAAAAUGUCCUCCCUCGACUAUCUGGACCUGUGUCGAUUAUGUCUUGUGAAGGAUCGUGUUUCGGUGCCGAUUUUCGAGGGUGAAGGUGAUGUACGACAAAUAUUUCUCAAGAUCGCAGCCUGCCUACCGGUCAAGGUUGCAAGAGAAGAUAAGUUACCCAAAAAAAUAUGCGAUGAUUGCGUGUAUAAAGUAGAAUUAUUUUAUCAGUUUUGGAAUACAACUGCAAACGCAGAGAAACAACUAUUACAAUGGCUGGGAGAAGUCAGUUUAGAAGACAAACAGGGUUAUGUUACCAAUGUUCUAAAUCCGAAUGUAAUGAAACAAGAACAGAAUUCAGAGAACAGGUUAGAUGGCAAUGUGAUGCAGCAAGUGAGCGAGCAUCAAAACAAUAUGGGGAUGGGUAUGAUGGAUAACAUGGGUUUGGGUAUUCCUAUGAUAAUAUCCAAUGCUAAUCAACAAAUCACCUCAGUUCCUAUGGACACAAACAGUAAUAAUGUACAAACUGUUCAGGCAGUGCCUGGUCCAAGUUCACAAAGCACACAUAAUCAAAUACCACAGAAUCAGACAACCUCUGCACAGCAAGAAGAUGAGGAUGAAAGUAGUGAAGAUGAUGAAAAUUCGGAUGAAGAUUGCGAUGGAGAUGAAGGCCUACCUGUGAAAGAAGAAAGUGAGGAAGAUCCCAGCAAUAGAACUAUAGAGCCUACAACUUUUGUAAAUGUUUCCCUGGCAUGUGAUGAAGCAGGUCCAUCAGGACUACAACAACAGAAAAUGUCAGACAUGCCUGAAAUACCAAUUCCACAGCCAACUGAUGGGGAUCCGAAAUCUGGGCAACGAUCUCGUGGCAGCAACAAAAUCGUCACCACGGAUCCUUCCGGCCGAUUCAUCGUCGGCAAAGACUCCAUGCCGAUGCAGUUGUUGCAGCACGCCGAUCCCGAUGGUAAACUGCACUAUUCGUUGGUGCCCGCUGCGUCGUUGGACGACAAGAAAACGCCGGGAUCCUCGAGAGAAAAUUCCGCGGGAAGUGGAAUCUCCGUGACGUGCGUGAAACUGGAGAACGAGGAGCAGCAGAGUAACGCGAACGCGCAACGAUCUCGCGGCAACAAGAUCCUCAUCCCGGAUCCUUCCGGCCGAUUCAUCGUCGGCAAAGACUCCGUGCCGAUGCAGUUGUGGCAGCACGUCGAUCCCGAUGGUAAACUGCACUAUUCGUUGGUGCCCGUUGCGUCGUCGGACGACAAGAAGAAAACGCCGGGAUCCUCGAGGGAAAAUUCCGAGGGAAGUGGAAAGUCCGUGAAAAUGUGCGUGAAAAUGGAGAACGAGGAGCAGCAGAGUAACGCGAGCGCGUACGUCGUCGACACUGUGGUUCACCUGUGCGAAAUGACCAUCGACUUUCACGCGUGCGACAAAUGCGGCAUGAAAUUCCCGGUGGAGAGCAUGUUAAACAGGCACAAAAUGUCACACAAUUUGAACUCGUGGCUUUGUAGAAAACGACUGAACUCCUCCGGGCUUCUUCUACUCCUUUCUUCUUCAAGAGGGAGACAGAUGAAGCAGGUACAGUCGCAGAAACCGACGCAGAAGAGAAAGUACGAUUGCACGUCCUGCGAGUUCAGUUGCAGUAGGAAGUCAACGUUGACCGUUCACGUUCGAAGGAAGCACAAGUCGUCGGCGGCGAAGGAAGAUUCGGAGAGCUCGUGCCUGAUUUGUAACAGAAACUGCGGCAGCCAGUCCAAUCUGACGAAGCACAUGGCGGAGCACAGAGGCAGAAAGACGACUCACUUUGCGUGCAACAGCUGCAGCUUCGCGUGCAGGAGAAGCAGCACUCUGGCUUCUCACGUGGCGAGGAACCAUCGGCAGUUUGCCAACGAGGAAAAGAUCUCGACGAAGAAGUGCAGGGCGACAAAGUGCAGCGACGUGCCUUCAGAAAGGGAAGAGGCAUCGAAGGAAGCUUCCUCGGAGGAGCAAGACAAAGACUCGGGUUUGGUCGUUCCGGGCACACCGUCCGUGCUCGAGUGCAAGAGCGGGCCUUCGAUGAGUACUCGCGCGAGCAAGAAACAGAGCAAGAAACCCGGUAACGAGGAACAGUGCGACCUGUGCGACUUCAGAUGCUCGAAGAAAAGCACUCUGUACUCGCACAAGCGGCAACACAGGAUCGUGGACGUCAGCGAGGUGUACUCGUGCAACGAGUGCACGUUCAAAACCAACAAGAAAUCAUCGCUGUACUCGCACAUAAAGCGGAAACACAAGGUACCAAAGUCUUGCGCGUCUGACGGCCAGCCGCAGUUGUUCUACUGCAGCCAGUGCGACUACAAGAACAAGAACAAGUACGAGCUGAAGGUGCACGUGGCCAGGAAGCACACGGACGAUUUUAAAUUCUCCUGCGAGACUUGCGGCAAGAAGUUCAAGGUGAAAGGCGAUCUAACGAAUCACAUACGCUUCAGCCACAAGGAGCAGCCGGUUAUCUGCGACGUUUGCGGCAAGACGUGCUUGAACAGCAACUCUUUGUACGUGCACCAGAAGUUCGCGCAUUACAAGGCCAAAUACGAGUGUCAAGUGUGCAAGAGGAGGAUGGUGACUCAGGAGAAUCUGAACGAGCACAUGAUCAGGCAGCACGAGAAGAGAGAGAACGUGGUCUGCGAGGAAUGCGGCAAGACGUUCUCCAGGAACAGUAGGUUAAAGGUGCACAUGAGGAUUCACACCGGCGACAAACCGUACACGUGCACAAUAUGCAACAAGUCGUUCGCGCGUAAAACAGCGUUGAAGCAACACCUAUUGAUUCACACCGGCAUGAGGCCUUACGUUUGCGACAUCUGCGGCAAGGCGUUCACGCAGAAGCCUGGAUUGAUCAGUCAUAGGAAAUCUCAUCCUGGAUCGCAUCCCCCGCUUCCAAGAGUGUUGAUCGACCAUAUAUUGAACGAUGUGAUGAACAACUGAGUUCGUUGACUGUAUAAACGAUUCGAGAUGGACGACUGUGUUUCAGUGCGGAGUCUGAAUCGAGAACAGUUGUACAGUGAACAGUCUCGUGCAAUUAACGAUCAUAAUUUUAUGAUUUAUGUUGUUACAGCAUAAGAAGAUUAAUCCUGUUGAUAUUUUAUUUUAUUUUUCACAAAGUGCAUUUUUUUUCUAUAUAUAUAUAUAUAUAUAGAUAUAGAUAUAGAUAUAUAGUAUUCGUCUGGAAAAAUGGUACAAAUUUUUACAUUCUAUUGAAGUUUAAAAUAAAAUUUUAACACACAUUAACAUCACUAACAUUUCUCUCAAAUUAAAGAUCUCGCCACUUGUACCAUUCUUCCUCGCAUAAAAGAUUCCUUUUUCGUAAAACUAUGAAAAUAAAUUGAAUGUGGAUUGUGAUAAAAACAUGGACUACAAGAAGAGAAACAAUGUGAGGGAACAUUACAUGUUACUUCUAACUAUUACGUGUAUGCGAUAACAUAUCACCUACGUUAUUUUUGCAGUUAUUAACAUUAUCAUAAUACGCGACAGAAAUUGAACAUGUUUCUAGAAAAAGAAUUUCUACAUUAUUAUAAUCAAACGAUUGUUUGAAUUCUCAUCGGAGUUCCAAUCAAUUUAACGUUAAAUUAUUUAUAAAGAAUAUUACUUUACUUUCGUUGAUACAUGUUAAUAUUACUGGACAAUUUGUUUGUAACACUUCGAGUGUACAUGCCUUGAAUAUUUGUAAAACACGUGCUACAAGAUUUUCUUUUUUACUGUAAUAUAUUCAGCAUUGAAUCGAAA